GGCUCCCUAACAUGACCGCCUCGGUGCCGUACAGUCACCAGGGGGCAUGCACAUAGUAAUAAUAAUAAUAAUGCAUUUGAGGAAAGCCUGCUACGCCGAGCCUCCGCCGUUCGCAGCACACGGCCGCGGUGCGAUGGAGAUGUGCGCUUAGGUUCAUGAGUCCGGCGGGUCUGCCCCUGGCUUUUUUUCUGGGGAAGAUCAUAUUGGAUCAUAUUGUUUGCAGGACGUUGUUCCUCCUGCAGCCCCCCCAGUCUAUCCCGACGUAGUUGUGAAUUGAACAUGGCGACUGUACCAGUAUAUUGCAUCUGCAGAUUACCUUACGACGUGACCCAGUUUAUGAUCGAGUGCGAUGCUUGCAAGGACUGGUUCCACGGCAGCUGUGUUGGGGUGGAUGAAGAUGACGCUCCAGAUAUUGACAUAUAUCACUGUCCAAACUGCGAGAAGACCCACGGCAAAUCCACAUUGAAAAAGAAAAAGAACUGGAGCAAACAUGACACGGGGCAAAGCACAGACAUCAAAGCUGUUCAGAACGGCAGUCAGGUUUUCAUAAAGGAGCUUCGCAGCAGGACGUUUCCCAGUGCUGACGAUGUGGUGGUGAAGCUCAGCGGCAGUCAGCUGACCAUGGAUUACCUGGAGGAGAACGGCUUCAACGAGCCAAUCCUGGCUCAGAAGAAAGACGGCCUAGGCCUGUCCAUGCCGGCCCCCACCUUCUACAUCAGUGAUGUGGAGAACUACGUCGGUCCCGACGUCGGCGUGGACGUCGUCGACGUCACCAAACAGACCGACAGCAAGAUGAAGCUCAAAGAGUUUGUUGAUUAUUACUACAGCACAAACAGGAAGAAAGUGUUAAACGUCAUCAACCUGGAGUUCUCUGACACAAGGAUGAACAGUAUAGUGGAGAGUCCACAGAUUGUGCGGCGGUUGUCUUGGGUAGAGAACUACUGGCCUGAUGAUGCGCUGCUCGGGAAGCCAAAAGUCACCAAAUACUGUCUCAUCUGUGUCAAAGACAGCUACACAGACUUCCACAUUGAGUGCGGUGGCGCCUCCGUCUGGUACCACGUCUUAAAGGGAGAAAAGAUCUUCUUCCUCAUCAAGCCCACCUCUGCAAACCUGUCUCUGUACGAGCGCUGGAGAUCAUCGUCCAACCACAGCGAAAUGUUCUUUGCCGACCAGGUGGACAAGUGUUACAAAUGUACUCUGAAGCAAGGGCAGACUCUUUUCAUCCCAUCAGGUUGGAUCAAUGCAAUACUGACUCCGGUCGACUGCCUGGCGUUCUCCGGACACUUUGUCCACAACCUGAGCGUGGAGAUGCAGAUGAGAGCGUAUGAAAUCGAGAAGCGGCUAAAUGUCAAAACUCUCACCCCCUUCUUGAACUUUGAGACGGCGUGCUGGUACGUGGGACGACAUCUCCUCGAGCGAUUCAAAGGUAAACUCUUAAAUCAGUCUGAUGUUCUACAUAACACAAAUAAGCAACCAGGCCCCCCCAUACCUGAUAUCAUGGUGGCCAAAUCAUCAAUGGAGCCCUUCAGAGCUUGGACUAAAAAGCAGAAUGCAACAAAAGCCAUUAAGAGUGAGCCCAGCAUUAAGGUACCUGUGGAGGAACCACCAUCCACCCACUCUGAGCCUGAAGAGCCCGUUUCCCCGGCCCACGUCCCCUCGCCCAGCAGAGAGAAGGCCAGAAAGAAAGCUUCCAAACCCCCGAAACCUCCCAAGCCUCCCAAACCCCCAAAGAUGCCCAAGGCCCCCAAGCCUCCGAAGGUGCCGAAGGUCAAGGAAGGAGGAAAGAAGAAAGCGAAGAAGGCGAAAGAGUCGUCGCCACCUCCUAAACCCUCCAGUUUCGCAGCUCUUGAGUCCCAUGCAAAAGACAUCUUGAGUAAAAUGGAUCAGCCAAAAAAGACGAAGGCUGUUAAGAAUGUCCUGAGUAUGUCAGAGAAGGAAAUAUCAAAGCAGAACAACGUGGAGAAGUUUGAAAUCAGAGAGCAGAAUAAAAACAAGACUGAAGCAAAAUGGAAGUAUAAGAACAGUAAACCAGAUUCCCUGCUGAAAAUGGAGGAAGAGUGCAAAUUUGACAGAACACCGCUGUCAGGCAAUAAAGACAAAUUCAGCUUUACUAUGUCUCACAAGAAGAUGCUUGGCUCCAAGACGCUGAAACCUCAGACCAACUCAAGUGUUUUUGGAUCAUUACAAAACCUAAAAGAGGACAAAACCAAGCCAGUGAGAGACGAGUAUGAGUACGUCUCAGAUGAGGGCGAGCUGAAGAUUGACGAAUUCCCCAUCAGGCGGAAAAAGAACACCGUCAAGAGAGAUCAGUCCUUUUUGUCAGAUAUCAGAGAACCCAUUCAGCCCGCCAAGAAACCAAAGUUCCAACCCUUGGUGACCAAGAGUGUCGACUCCUCAGACGAAGAGACUCUGCACAUAGACACAGAGGCCAAGCCUGAGGUCAAAAGUCGCAACUCUAAGGUCAAGAAAAAGGGCGGCAGCGCUGCAGGGAUUCUUGACUUGCUGCAGGCAAGCAAGCAAGUGGGUGGGAUUGACUACAGCACCAACAGUCAGCCACCUGCAUCUCCCAGCACACAGGAGGCCAUUCAGGGCAUGCUGUCCAUGGCCAACCUGUCGUCUUCAGACAGCUUGCAGCCGCCGUGGAGCAACAGCCAGUCCAAAAACAAUAGCCAGUCGAAGAGCAACUCGCACGGCGCGCAGGGUGGCAAGAAGGGCAGCGGUGGAGGGGGCAACAACAGCAAGCGGCCCACCAAACGGCUCCCCAAGAAACCCAGGAAAAGCAGCAGUAUUGAGAGCCUGGACUACGAUGACGACCAGGAUCACAUGGACGCAUGUUUCAAGGACUCGGACUACGUGUACCCCUCGCUGGAGUCCGAAGAGGAUAAUCCUGUGUUCAAAUCCAGAUCGAAAAAACGGAAAAGCAGUGACGACACUCCAUACAGCCCGACAGCUCGCGUAGGACCCUCAGUUCCUCGACAGGAGCGGCCGGCGAGAGACGGAGCCCGGGUGGCCUCCAUAGAAACGGGACUGGCCGCCGCUGCAGCAAAGCUUUCUCAUCAGGAGGAGCAGCAGAAAACCAAGAAGAAGAAGAAAAGCACCAAAAAGAAGGCAAUAGUAAUUGAGGAGCCCCCGAAAAUCUCUCAGGACAGUAGCUCGCCAGAGCACAAUCUGGACUCGCAAGAUGGCAGCCUGACAGACCACGAGUUCAACACUGGGACAGUGAAGUCUCCGGGAGGGCCACAGCCCAUGGCGCCGGGGGUUUUCCUCAGCCAGAGACGACCGUCCAUGUCCUCUCCCAACAACAGCACCAACUCCACUAGCACCAACAGCAGCAGUAUUGCAAAGGGGGACCGCGUGGGGUCAGCAGAUGCCAAAGCUAAGCGGCUAAAGAAAGGCAUGGCAACAGCCAAACAGAGACUUGGAAAGAUUUUAAAGAUCCAUCGAAAUGGAAAGCUCCUCCUGUAGCAUGCAGCAGACUGCUGUCGGACUGGGAAUUCAUGAGCUGGGUUCCAUCCCAACCUCACCCCCUGUUCACUGAUUAAAGCCAACAAUGGGAAAAAAAGAAGAUCAUGCAUUUUUCAAUUUCUAAGAAGAACAUCACUCAAAUAGGUUUUUGCCUCUACUUAUACUUUAUAACUUUCAGAUAUUAAAGUGUACAGAACCUACUAUAAAUAUUUUUUAAGAGAACAUGUCUCAUUUUACUACAGCUGUCAGUUUAUCAGGGGUUGCUAAGACAUGAAGUAGAAGUACAUUGCAGUCAUUCCAAGAUUUUUGAAAGUAUCCCUUGCAUGUAUUCAGUUGCAUGUGCGCUUGGGUCAGGGUUUGGGGAUUUUACACGUUAAUUCCUACUAUAUGGAUGCAGCUUAUCAUUGCCACACUGAUGAUCGACGGGCAGAAAUGGAAAAAGAAAAAAAAAGUCACCUCCUUUCUUCCUCCCUGGCCGGGAUUCUCCGUGUUAUGGAGAAGCUCGCGGUUUCGAUUGGAGUCAACUCGAGCAUUUAUCUCUUGAUGUUAACACUUAACGUUUGCAGAGCACUAUCAGCAGUGGUAUUUAUUUAUUCGUGUCGACUCGUAGAUAGGAAGUGGGACUUCGUGGAACAACCGUAAAGCACAAAGUGUAUCGAACAGCAGCAGUGUCAGGAUGUUUCAGUUAAAACGCAGGCCAUGGUAGGACUAAAUGGGAACGGAGGCCUGCUGAACGGGAUUUGGUGUGUUUGGACAUAGGAUUUCUGACACUACGUGGGACCUAAUGAUAAGCCUCAUCCAUGUCAGGUCUGCAGUUACAUGGGGAUACUUUCUCUCUUCUUUUGCUUUCUCAGGCAGCACCGACAACUUAGACUCAUCUCUGCAUUUUUACAGCUUCACACAGUAUAUAGAAUGUAGCUUGUACAUAGCCUUUUAAAUUACUACUUUUUGUAUCCUUUCCCCUUAAGGCUUAAUUCUACAUUUUUACUGGUUUUGCUAAUUAUGAAUAAAUGAAUAAAAAUAUAUAUAUGGGAUAUACAGUAUAGUCCUAAUUUUUGAACUUUUGUUGUUUUGUUUUUUUUAAUAGCAGAGAUUCAUUUUUAACUUUUUUUGUGUUAGAUUCAAAGGUGUUGCCUGGAAAACAACUGAAGAAAUAAUACAUUUUAUUGUCAUAUGGCCUUACAUACACAAAGCUAAUUGUAUUGUGAUUCUGUUUGAACAAGAGACGAAGCUUUGAGGAAAAAUUAUACAAAAGGUAAAAAAAAAAA